AUAAAAAAAAAAUUCUUCAAGGUUUUUUUAUUUUUUUUAAUUUAGCCUAAUAAGAUGCAAAAUUGAAACCGUUGUGCAAACAUGAGGUGUAGCUAUGAUUUCGAUUUUGGAAGGCUGAAACCCGCCUUUAGCUGGCUUGAAUUUCGGCCUGAGCGUUCCUCACAAUUCAAUGAGGAGCAGAAGAAGGAGAAGUAGAAUUAAGCAUUCGUCCAUUGAAACAAAACUUGUUUCUUUUUUCGGUCUUCACGAACUCAAGAGCUCCCCGGAGGGUCCUUACCAAGAAGCUACCAGGAUGGUCAGUAAGCCUUUUAUGGUUGAUUUGGAUAAGCCUAUGGUAUUCCAGGUUGGCCAUCUUGGGGAAGCUUAUGACAGAUGGGUUCACCAACCUAUUGUUAGCAAGGAUGUUCCCCGGUUUUUUUCCAAUGACUUUUGUGAGCUCUUGACACGCACAAAAUGGUGGGUGAUCCCACUUGUUUGGUUACCAGUUAUAUGUUGGCUUGUUUCUGUCUCUACCCAAAGAGGUCUUACUAGUACUGAGGUAGCCUCAACAGUGGUUGGUGGCAUCUUCAUCUGGACAUUUCUUGAGUAUUCUUUGCACCGUUUUCUUUUCCAUAUGGAAACAAAAAGUUAUUGGGGAAACACCUUGCACUAUCUCCUUCAUGGCUGCCAUCACAAGCACCCUAUGGAUGGGCUACGGCUUGUUUUCCCCCCAGCUGCAACAGCAAUUCUCUGUGUGCCAUUGUGGACCCUGAUUAAGCUUUUGUCACCUCCUUCAAUCGCUCCAGCUUUGUUUGGAGGUGGGUUGCUGGGAUAUGUUAUGUAUGACUGCACCCAUUAUUACUUGCACCAUGGAAAGCCAUCUAAAGGAUAUGGUCAAACUCUCAAGAGAUACCACUUGAAUCAUCACUUUAAAGUUCAGAGCAAGGGGUUUGGGAUUACAUCUUCUGUUUGGGACCAUGUGCUUGGAACAUUUCCUGCAGUCAAAGUGGGUGACAAAAGUAGGUGACAGCUGAUGCAUAGAUGAUUUUUCAUCAAGUUACUUACAGCUGAUGCUGUGAGUAAAUGGAUGAGCCUGCCCUGCCCUGGCUUUUAUAUUAUUUAUAGAUGGAAUGGAGCCCUGGUCUUGGCUUUUGUACCAUAUUUUCUUGUUUGCUAUCUCCUACGGUUCCACGCCAUACAUCAUUGUUGGUUGGACCUACACAGCAAGGCCUUUUUUACUAGCAUUGGAAUUAACUAUUGAAGUAAAAGACAGAUUUUGAGAAGGAAAACGUACACAUUGCCAUUUCUACAUGAUAAAACCUUUAUUUUUUAAUUGUCUUCCUGGCUUUGCUCAAUUGUUAAGUUUUUAGUAGUUAUAAUAAAACUCUUUUGUAUUAUUUUUAAGAUUAUCAUCAUAAUAAUCA